AUGACAUUGUUAGUGACUAGUGAUAUGUUCACAAAAGAGGACGACGAGUUCUUGGUGAAGCAUGGAGUAGUUCCUGAGGAAAGGAUACGUGUUGUGGAAAUGGGAGGUUUCCCACAUGCUGCUAUUCGAGAAGACAUCAACAUCAAUCUUAGGUCUCUUGAGGAGCUUUCAAACUUGUACAAAGUUGAUAUACUUCUCUGUAAAUCUGGGGAAGACAAUCUAGCUGCCAACUUCAGCAGGGAACUGGCUGACUAUAUAAUUUAUAAUGUAGAUGUAUCCGGUGGUGAUAAGAUCCCUCGAAAAGGAGGCCCAGGGAUCACACAAACCGACCUCCUUGUAAUAAACAAGACUGACCUUGCACUGGCUAUUGGACCGGAUUAG